GAGAAUGAGAAUAUACAGAGUAAGUAACGUGACGAACUUAAUUUUCUGUCUGAAGAAGAAUUUGUCGUUUAUAUUUCUUUAUGAGUUUUGUAUUUUUAUCUCCAAACAUCCAAGAACUCAAAACUUAGGAACCAGCAGUUUUUGCAUAAUACAUGGGCACAGAUGAGAGUAUAGAGUUAAUUUCAAAUACUAUUUUGGAAUCCAACCUACCGUUAAGUUGGUGGAUGUGUUUGGUUUUUCACAAACGGAUGUAUUAAUGUCAGGUGUUUCUUCCAUCGUCAUAAGGUUACAAUAUUUUCGAAGGGAAGAAUUUGACAGAAAUGGCUUGCCCUCCAGAGAAUUCGGAGAAGGAUAAAAACGCCGAAAGACGGAAAAGGGUCUUUGUUGGACAACUUCCUUCUGAUUUCUUACGAAUUUCCGAAACGUCACAACAACAGCAGGAAGCAGCUGAUCAACAGACAGCAUUAGCUCUGCAACAGCAGUUAGUGGGAAUGCAAUACACCCAACGAAAUGCUGGUCGUCUGAGUAUUACUGUAGCUCAGGCAAAAUUGGUUAAAAACUAUGGCAUGACUCGAAUGGAUCCAUAUGUGCGUCUUCGUGUUGGACAUAAUGUGUAUGAAACCCAUACAGAUCCUAGUGGAGGAAAGAAUCCUCGAUGGAACAAAGUUGUACAGUGCCUUCUUCCCCAAGGUGUAAACACCAUUCAUGUGGAAAUUUUUGAUGAAUGCUCAUUUACAAUGGAUGAAUUAAUUGCAUGGGCACAUAUUACCAUACCUCCUGCUGUAAUGAAUGGUGAAACACAUGAAGAUUGGUUUCCUCUUAAUGGAAAACAAGGAGAUGGUAAAGAGGGAAUGUUAAAUUUGGUUUUAAGUUAUUCUAAUGUGCCAAUUCCUAAUGUACAUCCAUAUGGGAUGUAUCCACCCGUUCCACCUGUAGUAAUGGUUCCCAAUGCAUCUCGAGGCCCAGCGCUUUUGGAGAGUAUGUCGUACACUCCUGUUUCUGUAUAUACAGCACCCCCACCACCUGUUCCCUGUGUAGUGGAACCUCAGCUAUCGGAACAGGAUCUUAAGCAGAUUCAAGAAAUGUUUCCAAAUAUGGAUAAAGAAGUUAUCAAGUCAGUAUUUGAAGCAAAUCGUGGUAACAAAGAUGGAACAAUAAAUUCCCUGUUACAAAUGAAUGAGUAAAGUAUGCCAAAACCCAUUAAAAUAAGGCUGUAAAUUUAUUGGUGUCGGUGGGCAUGUUAUGCAAUCAGUAAUGUAUGCUUAUUUUACAUCUCUAUCAUGUGUGUGUAUAUAUUCUUUAUACAUAUAUAUUAAAACAAGAUGUUUGUUCACGAAAAUAUAACUUAUAAGCAAAUAUCAUCUAUUUUAUGUAAUAAUAUAGUUGUUAAGGGAAAAUGUUAUUAUAUACCUGAAGUGAUAUAAUUCAUUAGAAAGAUGUGCAUCUUCAAUAUUUUCUUGUGAUUUUUCCAUGUUAAUCAUUAUGUCCACAAUUCGGUACUGUUAGAACAUUCCAUAUAGUUAUCAACAAAACACUGGAUUUUGCAGAGUUAUGUGUUUAUGUGUAUUUAUAUUAACGUUAAUAGACAGAACUGCAGAUUUUAUAAUUGUACAAAGCUGGAAAUUAUUGGAAUAUGCAAUGAGAAAGUUGAAUGUAUUGAUAAACUGCAGUGUGAUAUUAUAAAGCAGUGUGGUUCAUUUUGUUUUUCUGUUUUUGUAAAAACUAUACAUAUAUUUACGAUUACAAAGUUAACCUGAAAACACUUCUUCAUGGUGGGUGGUUACAUUAUACCCACAUUGACUUUUGUCUAUGCUUCUUUUAACUCUUAUUUGAGUUUGACAAUAUUUGCCUGAAAAACAUCAAUUUCUUGUUCUUUUUGGGAGUUGGUGCUCACAUGACAUAGUGCAUCUGAUGAACUUCCUUCUGCCCUUGAUCUCAGUUCUUUCAUAUUUAAGCAAGUUUUCACAAGUCUUAAAUUGGGCAUUCCUUCUUGCUUCUAAAACCUUCAUUUGUUUUUCCUUAACUUUUACAGCUUUUUUAAAUUUCAUAUUCAGAAGAUUUAAGUCUCUUUUACUUUCUCAAAGUUUGUCACAAUUACUCACAAGUUGUCUCUAUUCUUCCUGCACUUGCUCUAAUUUUAAUAGAAGUUCAUUUUUCUCCAUUUCACAAAUUCUUCUCAUAGCUUUCUUGUAUAUUAUUUUGUUCAGUUUCUUUAACCUCAGCCUCACAUAAAAUGCUGACCUCUUUGUCCAGUGCAUAUUGAUGAUGUCUCAAAAUUGGAACAAAUUUUACAAACCAACAGAGUUCUACAAGGAGACCUGCGAGGCACCCUGCUUUUCAUAUUAAUAUAUGCAAAAAUAACAGAAAUGGUCUGAAGAAAAAGAGUAAAAUAAUAUGUGUUCACUGACGACGUUGUAAUAGGGGCAAACAACAUAGUGAACCUUCAGGAAGUCAUAAACGACAUCUUUUAGUUUUCAGUGAUAAUUAGGGAGCGGAUUUUGAUGACCUAAAACAUUGCCAAAAAUGAUAAAUAAAAUGUUUUAAAAAUGUAAGAAAAAUGUCAUAAAAAAUUUGAUCAAAACCAGUUCAGAUGAACAGCUCAGUUGUUGGAUUAUAUUACUGAGUAAUUGAGGCUUCUUACUUUUGUUCAAGUGAAGUCAGCAUGCAGACUUUUGAUAUGGACUGUUCUUUAUCAGGAAAUCUUUCUUUAAUAAUCAGCUGACCCGACAGUGGUGUUGAUAGGCUUCACAGGAACCUAUGGUGGGUUACAUGGUUGCAACGACUGACAUCACAGUUUCUGAGUGAAGAAUUCGAAUAGGCUACUGCGUAAUUCUGUGGAGAAUAUUUGUUGCAUCUCAUAAAUAUUAUUUGUAGCAAGUACCAUUAAAAUGAUAUUGAAAUCAAAUGAAUAAGCAAAAAAUGCUUCAAAAAUGACUGAAAAAGGUAAAAAAAAUUACUUAUGUGUUGAAAUAGAAAAAAAUGCCAUUUAAAAUGUGGGCAUUUGCUUUUGUCAUAGCAUAAAAUUAAUGUCUGUACUAAAAUGCAUUCAAUUCAUUCUGAAAUGAAACGAAAGAAAAUGACAUUUUACCAAAUCCGCCCCUAGUGACAAUCAUCUAGUGCACCAAAAUGUUUAAUUUCAACUCGUUACUUUCUUAGGCGAGAACUGUGCCAUGUGAGGUUUCGUCUUGUUGAAAUAUUGUUCUAUUGCAUAGAAAGUAAGAAUAAGUCAUUCCAUUUGAGGAUCUUGAGAAGAAUAAUUUAUUUCAAAUUAUAUUAAAUUAUAAUCCAUAAUAAAAAUAAUUAAAAUCAUGAUAAUUAACAUUCAUUUCGCAUAUAUCAUUGAUUUUGCAAGAAAACGGUUAUUCUGAGCUUGUAUAUAAUUUAUUAAUAUGGAUAUUGUUUAUCUGCAUCAUUCAGAUUCAUUUUAAUUUUUUAUUUUGUUUAUAAAUAAAAUUAUUAUUUAUUACAUGUAUUCCUUGCAAAUUUGUAUUAAGUCCCUUGAGAAAUAUUUCAUUGAUUGUUAAAUUCUAUUCAGGUUUCUUUGAAAAUUUCUCAACUUGCACAAUAUUACUAUAUAUUAAGAUGAUACAAAAACAAAAUUUAUUUUAUUGUUUGAAAUAUUUCAGAACUUAAUCUAGAUAACAAAAUUUGCUUUCUAUGUAACUCGUUCUGUUACGACAAAAUUGUUCAUUAUAAUUUUAAUUGUAUUAAAGAAAUGAUAUUUUAUAUACCCAUGCUUGAUUGCCAUAUUGACCGCUUAAUGCUAGGAAUUUGGAUAAUAUUAUCUUCUAUUGGCACUACAUUUUAUUGAGAAUUUGAGCUGAAGGAUAACAGUUUCUCUUUGGUGUUGAAAAUGAGUAUCAGCCUUGCCAUUUACAUAAUAUAUGUGUAAUAAUGAAAUAAAAGUGGGCUAGUUAGAGAUACUUUGUAAUACCAUUUCCGGCUUAUGAAUGUUUGCAUUAACAUACAGAGGGCUAUGGUAUUACGUAAGGUUGACUGAUUACUUUUGCAACCUUGUUCUAUUGCUUGUACUUGUAAACCAUGCUAGUCAUAUGAUUCAUUAUUUUUAAUUGAUGUAGGAAAUAAUCUAGAUGCACAUUCAAAAUGAGUGAAAAAGUUUUGGAUGUGUUGGUAGCCCAAUUCAAAGAUAUGUUUGAAGUUCUUCGAAAUUUGUUUCUAUAAAGAAAAAAUAAAUGGAGUUUGCUUGAACUCUUUAGUCAAUGGAGAGCUUUUAUAAACAAUGUCUAACGACUGAAAAAUUUUGAGGGUUAAGAAAGGUAGUAUCAUUACAACUGUUUUAUGAUACAACCUUGUAUAUGUUUAUAGGAAGGGACGUUUUGCUGAGUGGAUUCAAAUAGGAAUACUGAAACCCAAUGAAUAUAAUUUUCCAUGAUGCAGAUCCAAUGUAUAUAUCUAUAUAAUAAAGCUAUGUCCCAUCGCAAGGGAAAUUUGCUAUGAUUAAUUUAUAGU